CCAGGAUGACCCGAUGGUCCAGUUACCUGUUGGGAUGGACAACCUUCCUUCUCUAUUCCUAUGAGUCAAGUGGAGGGAUGCAUGAGGAAUGUGUCUUUCCUUUCACCUACAAGGGAUCUGUUUACUUCACUUGCACCCAUAUUCAUAGCUUAUCCCCUUGGUGUGCCACCAGAGCGGUGUACAACGGCCAGUGGAAGUACUGCCAGAGUGAAGAUUACCCACGCUGUAUCUUCCCUUUCAUCUAUUGAGGAAAGGCUUAUAACAGCUGCAUCUCCCAGGGCAGCUUCUUAGGCAGUCUGUGGUGCUUGGUCACCUCUGUCUUCGAUGAGAAACAGCAGUGGAAAUUCUGUGAAACGAAUGAGUAUGGGGGAAAUUCUCUCAGCAAGCCCUGCAUCUUCCCCUCCAUCUACAGAAAUAAUGUGGUCUCUGAUUGCAUGGAGGAUGAAAGCAACAAGCUCUGGUGCCCAACCACAGAGAACAUGGAUAAGGAUGGAAAGUGGAGUUUCUGUGCCGACACCAGAAUUUCCGCGUUGGUCCCUGGCUUUCCUUGCCACUUUCCGUUCAACUAUAAAAACAAGAAUUAUUUUAACUGCACUAACAAAGGAUCAAAGGAGAACCUUGUGUGGUGUGCAACUUCUUACAACUACGACCAAGACCACACCUGGGUGUAUUGCUGA